AUGUCGACUCCCUCCAACAAUGAAGAACGCAUGCGUCUGCAACUCUCGUCGGUCCCAGAUGCAAGCAGCAGCCCGAUGGUAUUCCCCAGCUCAUCGGCAGGACAUCCGAGCAGUGAUGCUGCACCCCGAUCAGGCUCACGCGUCCAAGGAAUCAGGCGAUCAGCCCAGACUCAUCUCAAUUCGUCAUCUCCUCUGCGCUUCCCUUCCAGCUCAAACUCAACCGUCACCGGUAGAAGGUCCGGCCGUCCGAACCCCUCGAGCGAACCCUUGUUCUUGCCGCCAUCUUCACAUGAAGGUACUCCACGUGCAUCUCGCCCAUCGAACAGACGAGGCGACAUCCACUCUACCGUCCCCUCGCUCUCGUCCCCAUCCGUACAUCCGAGGCUGCACCCGCAAGUCCCCUCCUCGAGCGCUGGGCUAGGCCAAACGCCAAACGCGCCCGGCUCCGAGGCUCCUUCCCAGCACCCAACGUCUAGCCAGGCCGCGCCUCCCGAGCCAGAAACUCAGACAGUCAUCUGGGGAACCCUCGUCUCGCUCCAGGACUCUAUGCAGACCUUCCGUCAGUUCUUGCAGGGCUUCAAGAAAAAAUAUCGCUUGGCUUUCGACCUCAAAAUCUCCGUCGAGGACGCCUCCAUGCUUUCUAACGGCGACCAACUGCUCUAUGUAGACUAUAUGCGCAAGAUGCGUCUCACUUCACAGACAAACUUGAAUUUGGAUUUGAUCAAUCUACUGGCGUUCCCACCGACCAAAAAUCUAUACAACCAAAUCCUCAAUUACCCUCAAGAACUGAUUCCGAUAUGCGAUCAAGUACUUAAGGAUUGCGCGAUCGAAUUAGCCGAAGAGGAUCGAGAGAGGGGAGAUCUAGAAUCAGAAGCGAUACCAACAGACGAGGAGAUCGCGGAGAUGGAGGGCCGGAUCUACAAGAUUCGCCCGUUUGGAUAUGCGGGCCAGUCACCCGAAAGCAGUGCCGCGACCACCGCCGGUCAGCCGGUCCAUCGAGGGGUGAAUAUGCGGCUGCUGAAUCCGGGAGAUAUCGACAAGAUUGUGGCAAUUAAAGGGCUUGUUAUCCGGGCCACCCCGGUGAUCCCGGACAUGAAGCUAGCCUUCUUCAGGUGUCUGAGCUGUGGCCAUGUGACGACGGUGGAGAUCGACCGGGGAAAGAUCGCCGAACCCCAACGUUGUCCCCGGGAGGUUUGCGACCAACCUGGGGGGAUGAGUCUGAUCCACAACCGCUGCGAGUUCGCCGACCGACAGGUGAUCAGACUCCAGGAGACACCAGACGAAGUGCCCGACGGCCAAACCCCUCACAGCGUUAGUCUUUGCGUCUACGACGAACUCGUCGACUCCGCCAAGCCUGGUGACCGGGUCGAGAUCACUGGGAUCUUCAGAAGCGUCGCCGUGCGCGUCAACCCCAAACAACGUGUGAUCAAAAGCCUCUUCAAAACUUAUCUCGACGUCCUACACAUCAAGCGCAGUGACUCGAGACGGUUGGGUGUCGACCUGAGCACCCGGUCGACCGAUGGUCGAGCCAACGACGGUGUCGUUGGAGUGGGCGGAGACGACGAGGAAGAGCAAACUGGAGGAGGUACUUCAGAGGAUAACCUGUUCAGAACCGGCCGAGAUAAUCCGAGCAACCGGGCCGAACUAGAAGAAAAGCUGUUAGAAUUAUCCCGGCGACCGGAGAUCUAUGAGAUUCUCUCUCGAUCCUUGGCCCCUAGUGUCUGGGAAAUGGAUGACGUUAAAAAGGGCAUCUUGUUGCAGCUCUUCGGCGGGACUAAUAAGACCAUCGGCGGCUCGGCUGCCAGUCGUAAUGGGUCUGGUGGCCCACGUUAUCGUGGGGAUAUCAAUGUGCUUCUGGUUGGUGAUCCGGGAGUUAGUAAAAGUCAAAUCUUACAGUACGUGCACAAGAUUGCGCCUCGAGGGGUUUAUACUUCAGGCAAAGGCUCCUCAGCAGUCGGCUUGACGGCCUACGUGACCCGGGACCCCGAUUCCCGCCAACUGGUUUUAGAGAGUGGGGCGCUAGUGUUGAGCGAUGGCGGGGUAUGUUGUAUUGAUGAGUUUGACAAGAUGUCGGAUGCGACCCGGUCGGUGUUGCAUGAAGUGAUGGAGCAGCAGACGGUCUCGAUCGCCAAGGCCGGGAUCAUCACCACUCUCAACGCACGCACCUCCGUCCUGGCUGCCGCUAACCCCGUCGGCUCUAAGUACAACCUCGCCUGGCCUAUAACCAAGAAUAUCGACCUCCCCCCGACCCUCAUCUCUCGCUUCGAUCUCCUCUACCUCGUCCUCGAUAAAGUCGACGAGGCUUCCGAUCGCAAGCUCGCCAAACAUCUCGUCGCCCUCUAUCUCGAAGACCGUCCAGAGACGGGCGGCUUAGACAUUCUGCCUGUGCAAACCUUAACGGCCUACAUUUCGUUUGCACGGAACCACAUCCAUCCGGUGUUAACGGAAGAGGCAUGCGACGCAUUAGUGCGAGCAUAUGUGACAAUGCGUAAAGCGGGUGAAGACAGUCGGACGAGCGAGCGGCGGAUCACCGCGACCACCCGUCAGCUUGAGAGCAUGGUCCGACUCGGCGAAGCCCAUGCAAGGAUGCGCUUCAGUCAGACCGUCGACGUCGAGGAUGUCGAGGAAGCUAACCGGCUCAUCAGGGAGGCGCUCAAAGAAAGCGCCACUGAUCCGAUCACUGGCUUGAUUGAUCUCGAUCUCUUACAAACCGGACAAGGCUUGCACCAGCGGAAGUUAAUGGAAGACUUGAAGCGCGAAAUCCUGAAGCUUCUCGACGCUGCCCAAGCCCAAACGGCGCGUGGUGUGCGUUGGCCCGUGCUCCUCGAGCUGCUCGCGAACCAGUCCUCGAUCCCUAUCGACCCCGCCGAGUUCUCCGACGUCCUCAAAGCUCUCGUCGAGGAGGGCCUUAUCUCGAUCUCAGGCGAACGCGACAAACGCGUCAUCUUCCGCACUUCCUCCUUGAAUCCUGCUUAA